AUGGAUCCCAAUAUUGUGAGACCAGUGGAUACAGAUGAGAAUUAUGACAAGGAUGGGAGUGAAGUGGUGCCAGCUGGUCACGAGGAAUGCAAAAAUAAUGAAGCUAGGGUUUCCCAAAAGUGUUCCGGAAAAAGAAGGAAAAUGAAGGCUUUGGCUGAGCUCGAAAGCGAUGAUUCUGAGUGGAUCACUAUUUUUCCCUUUAAUGGGAUGCAAAAAUUGGUCAAGUGUCGCAUUUGCCAAACAUAUGUCUACUCUGGAACUGAAUUGCCGUGCUCUGUUAACCACUGUGAAGCUGCAUAUCACUUAAAAUGUGCUCAGAAAAGCCUUCCACUCCAAUCUAUAAGGAAGUUCAAGUGUCCACAACAUGCUUGCUUUCUCUGCAAAGAUAAGAACCAGCUGCUGCGCUGCAUAAGAUGUGAAUUAGCUUGGCAUGAAAAAUGUGCAGCGUUCCCAGAGUAUGUGACGCAUUUACGUAACCAACCAGGGAAAGCAAUAUGCUGGAGGAUCCAUGAAAACAAGGAGGAAGUCUUCAAUCGCUUGCCAAUACCAGAUGUUGACGAGGAGUUUGAUAUUGAUAAUACUUGGAAAAACACUACAGAAAACGAAAUGGAGCCACCUCCAUAUAUUCACGUUACACGCAAUAUCUACCUUGUCAAGAAAAAGCGUGAUAAUUGGGAUGCUAAUACUGGAUGUGAAGACUGCAUUUCUUCUGUUUGCUCUGAAGAUUGUAUCUGCAGGAAACAAUAUAUAAGCUGCUCAAGGGACUGUAGCUGCUCAGACAUGUGCACUAACAGACCCUUCCAAAGACAAAAAAGAAUUAAAGUUGUGAAGACUGAACUAUGUGGUUGGGGAGUAGAGGCCGGUGAGGCAAUUAAUAAGGGUGAUUUCAUUAUAGAAUAUGUUGGAGAAGUUAUAAGUGAUGAUUCUUGUAAACAACGAAUGUCGGACAUGACAUACAUGGGCGGUAAAAACUUUUACAUGUGCCAGGUCGAAAGAAAUUUCACCAUUGAUUCAACUUAUAAGGGGAACAGCGCCAGAUUUUUAAACCACAGUUGCGAUCCCAACUGUAACCUGGAAAAAUGGCAACUAGAUGGGGAAACUCGUAUUGGUAUCUUUGCUGCUCGAGCCAUCCAAGAAGGGGAACCAUUAACAUACGACUAUCAAUAUAUUCCGUUCGGGCCAGAGGUCCAAUGUCUGUGUGGAACCUCGAAUUGUCGAGGCUAUCUCGGGGCGAAAAAGAAGGCCUCUAAGGAAAAAGAGCUCCGCGAUUGUAGUUCAAAGGGCAGGAGAAGGGCGAAGAUCAGACGUUGAUUCUAGUUCUUGCUGAUUCGUGGCUUGACACAUCUGGUAGCCAUAUCUCUUGUGUGUGUGUUCCCUUCUUGUAACAUCAAAUUUAAUAGAGAUUAUAAACAUAUAUAGACAUUACAGCAUACAAAAGGGGAGAUUAUAUGUAUCUUUUUAUGGGCAGGGUUUACAUGAUAUAGACCGGAGAUC